AUGGGCUGCGUGCCAGAGGGGAAAGAUCAGGAGAUGCUGCUUAUGUGGUGCCAACCCCCCCCGAGCGCGACCCCCCCGGGUGCAGGAUCGGGGUCGGAGCGCUUCCUGGCUCUGGAGCAGGCCCGGGUUCCCCUGACGCUGUUCUGGGAGACACACAGGAAGCUGGAGCCCUGGCUGGAGGAGACGGAGGCUCUGAUUGGCCGACUGCCCUCACCUGCCGUAGACCUGGAGACCCUGAGAACCCAGCAGGAUCAGAUCAGAGUGCUGAAGGAGUCGGUCUUGGGGCACCAGUGUCACGUGGACAAGCUGCUGCUGAUUGGCCCCAUGCUGGAUCCGGGCAGCCAGGAGGGGGCGGCAAUGAGGCAGAGCUGCAGUGCUGUGGAGCGCCGCUACCUGGCCAUCAAGGAAGGGGUCAGAGGUCACAGCGCUGCACUAGAGGAGGCCAUUUCACAGUCCUCACAGUUUCAUGACAAGAUGGAGCCCCUGCUGGAGACCCUGGAGCGGGCGGUGCAGAGGCUGAGACAGCGCCCCCCGGUGGCCGUGGAGCUGGAGAAGCUCCGGGAGCAGCUGGCGGUCCACAGGGCCGCCGGGCAGGAGUUGGACAAGCUGCUCCCGGCGUACAACGCCCUGUGUUCCCAUGGCGACGACCCUGCCGCCCACGUGCCUCACGCCCACCCUGGAGACCCCGCCUCUCAGGCGGUGCGUUCUCGACUGCAGCGGCUGCGCAGUCUCUGGGCGGAGAUUCGGCAGCGUGCGCAGGAGCGCGAGGCCAAGCUGCUGGAGGCGCUGGAUCUGGCGGGACGGUUCUGGGCGGAGUCAGGGGCGCUCCUGGGCACGCUCAGAGACGCUCAGGACAUCACCAGGAAGCUGGAGGAUCCUGCAGUUAGCCCCGCCCACAUCACCCAGCAGCUGGAGACUACCAAGGCCUGGAGGGCGGAGAUGGGCCGGCUCUCUGAGCAGCUGCAGGCGCUGAGCAUGCUGGGAGACAAGCUCAUCACUGUCUGUGGAGACACUGAGAAACCACUGGUCAGAAAGAGCCUGGAGGAGACCCAGGCUGCCUUGCAGAGCUUGAACAGGAUGUUGGAAGAGAGGAUGCAGAGGCUGGAAACAGCCAUGACCACUGCUGUUCAGUACCAGGAUGCACUGCAGGGCAUGUUUGGUUACCUGGAUAAGGCUGCGAUGGAGCUGCGGAACAUGCCCACUGCAGGAGCUGAGCUGGGGGCCGUCCAGCAGCAGAUCCAGGAUCUCAAGCUGUUUAAAGCAGUGGUGCUUCAGCAGCAGAGAGACAUGCAGAAGGUUCGCCAGCAGGGGGAGCUGUUGGUGAGGAGUGCAUCAGCGCAGAGCGACCGGGAAGCCGUCCGGGAGCCGCUCACACACCUGACGCACCUGUGGAAGAGCCUGGGGGACGAGGUCACUCACAGACAGCAUGAGUUGGAGGUUGCUCUGCUCAGCCUGGGACAGCUCCAGCAGGCCUUGAUGGAGGCGGAGUCUUGGCUCAGCCAAUCACAUGUCACGCUGGACGCCUUGCGACCAAUCAGCUGUGACCCCAAAGCCAUAGAAAUGGAGCUGGCCAAUCACCAAGUAUUUCGAGAUGAUGUCCUCUCUCGCCGCGCCACAAUGGAGGCAUUGAAUCGGGCGGCCAGCUCCCAGCUGCUGGAGCUCGACCCAGGAGAGGAGGCCAGUCGCCUACGGCAGCAGCUGGAAACGGUGCAUCACAGCUGGGAGAGCCUACUAUUCAAGACCCAGGGCCGACAGGACCUGCUGGAGGUCGCACUCGCAGAGGCUGAAGUUUUCCAUGGUGAAGUACAGGUGUGCCUGCAGUGGCUCCGAGACACGGAGAGACAGCUCUCAACCACCAAACCCACCGGGGGUUUGCCGGAAACUGCCCGAGAACAGCUGCGCCAACACAUGGAGCUCCAAGGUCAGGUGUCCCAGCAAGCGGACCGGUACCAUGAUUUGGUGGCUCGGGGGCAGGCCAUGCUAAUGUCCCUCCUGGAGGGGGAGGAGGGGGGUUUUGGGGCGACCCAAACACAGCAGAACCUGCUGCUGCUCCAGAACACCUGGGCCAGCCUCACCACCAAGAUGGACAACAGGAGGGUGAAGCUGGAGGAGGCUGUUUCCCUGGCGACAGGGUUCCAGAGCUCCUUGCAGGUGUGUGUGAACUGGCUGAUCCAGGCUGAGCAGUCGCUGAACAUGGCCCCGCCCCCCAGCCUCAUCCUGGAAACCCUGCUUCUCCAAAUCGAAGAGCACAAGGUGUUUAUGAGUGAGGUGAACUCUCACCGGCAGCAGGUUCUGGUUCUGGAGAAGGUGGGGUCCGAGCUGCGUUCUGCCAGCUUGGAGCAGGACGAGGUUCUGAUCGGCAACCUGCUGCUGCGGGUCCAUUCCCGCUGGCACCAGCUGGCCAAGAGCUCACGAGAGCGGGAACAGAAUCUGGAGGAGGCCCACAAGACCGCCACAAAGUUCCAGGAGAGCUGUGGGGAGCUGUGGAACUGGCUGCUGGAGACAGAGAGCAGGCUGGAUACAGAGCUCAGGGUCACUAAUGAGCCCGAGGAGAUUAAUGAAGAGCUGGCCAAGCAUGAGGAGCUGCGGAAGGCCCUCUGCUCCAGACUGCCGCAGUACUACUCCACCGUGCGCUCGGGCCGCUGCCUGAGAGACAAGGCCUCCCUGCCCACCGACACCCAGAAACUCUCCUCCCUGCUGGAGCAGCUCCGCGACACAUGGGACCGAGUGUGUGCCAAGAGCACGCAGAGACAGCAGCACUUGGAGGAGGCUGUGCUAUACUCAGGGCAACCAGAGGGGGCGCUGCAGCUGAUGCUGGACUGGCUCUGCUGGGCAGAGACUCAACUACAGGAGGACCAGCCAAUCUAUGGAGACAUGGACCUCGUCUCCCACCUGCUGGAGUCUCACCAGGUGUUCCAGAGGGAGCUGUACAACAGGGCGGGCAGUGUGCAGGCUCUGAAGCGGGCAGCAGCUGAGCUGGUGGAGGCGGGGUCAGGGGCGGGGUCGGGGGCGGGGCUGGGUGAGGCCGGCUGGGUGGGUGUGCUGCUGCAGGAGCUCAGCCUGAGGUGGGAUAGGGUCUGCAGCCUGUCCGUCUCCAAGCAGACCCGCCUCCAGCAAGCUCUCAAACAGGCAGAGCAGUUCCGUAAUGCUGUGCAGCAGCUGCUGGUGUGGCUGUCGGGGGUGGGGCAGACUCAUUACCAUGGCGCCCAGCCGGAGGAGGCGGAGACUCUGCAGGCCGUGCUCCAUGCCCAUGAGGGGCUGCAGGAGGCGCUGGAGGCGAAGAGGGAGGAGGUGAUCGGGGCGUGUGCACUGGGCGAGGUCAUCCUGUCCUCCUGCCACCCCGACAGCAUCGCCCUCAUCAGGCAGCGUGUCACCACGCUACAAACACGCUACCGCGAGGUGCUCAUGUGGGCCAAACAGCACAAACAAGCACUGGAGAGCAGCCUAGCCGAGAUGCUGAACAAUUCAAUCCUAUUGGAGGAGCUGCUGUCAUGGUUACUGUGGGCGGAGACCACCCUGGUGCAGCGGGAAGCAGUUUCCCUUCCUCAUGACACCCUUCAGAUCAAGACGCUCAUCAUAGAGCACCAGGUGUUCAUGGAGGAAAUGGCACAGAAGCGAAUGGAUGUAGAGCGACUAACCAAAUCCUGCCAGAGCAAACAGACACUCUCACCUGAGAGUGAGAAACCUGGAGGUAUGCAGCAGGUUGGCAUGCAGGUAACCGGGGGCAACCCUCGUCUCUCCCAGCUCUGCUCGCUGUGCCAGCAGGUGUGGCAGCUUUCUCUGAACCACCAGAGCAAACUCAGCAUCGCCCUCAAACGGCUGGAGGAGCUGGAGGAGGGGGUGGAGUUUGACUUUGAUGGAUGGCGGAGGAAGUGCAUGCAGUGGGUGAGCCGCAGGAAGUGCAACAUGAUGGACAUGUUCCAGCGCGUGGACACGGACCAAGACGGCCGGAUCACGCGUGAAGAGUUCACUGAGGUCAUCGUGGCCUUGGAUUUCCCCACCAGCCAAUGGGAGAUGAUGGCGGUGAUGGACCUGUUUGAUCAGGACGGCAGCGGAAACAUCGACUACUACGAGUUUGCAGCUGCGCUCCACCAGAGCAGAGACACGAGCUCACACACUACUGAAGCAGACAGGAUCAAAGAGGAGGUGACCAGGCAGGUGGUGCAGUGUAAAUGCAAGAAGCGGUUCCGGGUGGAACAGAUCGGAGAGAACAAGUACAGGCUGGGGCAGUGUGAGUGUGUGCUCAGGAUCCUCUGUAAUGUCCUGCUAGUGCAGAUGGGACACGGCUGGAUGUCUCUCAAUGAGUUCCUCAUGAAGUACGACCCCUGCAGAGACGUGUCACACACACAGUCGUUCCCACGGCAGCUGACAGGCCUGUUGGGGGGUCGAACAGGGGGUGGCGAGGAGCAGAGGGAUGGCCAGUGAAGUUUUGGUGGAUUACCUGGGAUAUGCCUUUACCUGCCGAUGUGACCCCCUGGGAGGGGGAGCAAGAGGAUAACAUCACAGGAAGAUGACUGGGGGGUGGGGGGGGUGCUGAAGCCUCUCCCCAGUGUAACUGCCCUGUUGGGCCAUGCUGUACUGUGGAAUAAAGAGAUCAUUUCACUGCUUUUAUAGAGUGCAAAAAACGCAAAAACUUAAACUGUGAAUGUGAACGUUUUAAAUUCUCCUGUUGCUUUUUUAGUUUAGUUUUUUUUCCUUUAGCUGAAGUGAGGACAUGAUUUGAAUCUGAGUGUUGAGCCAUAUCAUUUAGUGAAGGAGAAAGGCUUUAUUUACUCAGCGAGUUUAACAUUCUUUUGUAAAUGGUUUGCCCUGCUUUUUUGAAAAACUACAAAUAUGGCGGACGAUGAAGGAGGCAGCGAGGGUGACCUUUAACCCCGUUUCCUCCAGCGCUCUCUUGCUUUCUCUCCUUCCUUUUUGUCUGAAAGGUUUUCCUCGCUGUUUUACCAGGAGCAAAUUUGUGUUUGUGUGACUGUAAAGAUCAUGAAUAUGAAAUAUAAAGAUCAAUGCGCUAGCUGUGCUUUUGUGUGAUGGAAGUUUUUUGAAAACAUUUUGGGAGGCACAAGCGAAGAUUAAAAUAAAGCUAAGUGACUACAAAGUU